GCGGUCACACUGGUCGAAGAAAUGACUAAUUUUUUAUUUAGUUUUUUAUUUAGUCUCCAUGCCUAGCUAAUUACACAUUAAAACACUGCACAACAACAGUUAAAUUACGUUGGCGACGCGAGCGGGAUAAAAGAAAUCGGCAAGAUGAAGAGGCAAUUCGCGAAGAUAAAAAUUGCAGCAGAAAAUUUAUCAAGAUCAACAAAAGCAGACUGCAAAGAUACAGAGCUAGAGACCAUCGAGAAGCAGGUGGACCGCUAUCGUGAUACCAUUGAGAAAAUUGUGCGUAAAUUGCCAGCUUUGAGCAGUGGGGGGAGCAGCAGCAGCAGCAAUGGCCAGGUAUCAACCGAGGAGCAGGACAAGCGGACCAAGAAGAACAGUCACUACAAGAUUGCCCAGGCCCUGGAUGAGUCCGCCAAGGAGUUGCCCAAGGAUAUGCCCCUGCAGAAGGUCUUGGCCAAUUGUGGGGAGCUGGAGAAGACAAUCGCCGAGUGCAUCAUCGAGAGCGAACUGGAGACGGAGACCAAGGUGGUGAGGCGUUUAAAAAACAUCUUGGAUAAGGAAAUACAAGAGAUCUCAACGUUAAAGCGUAAUGUCUCGCGCACAUUACAGGAAUACACCUCACUGAAGCGCAGCCAUGAGGCGGCCAUACGUCUGGACGAGCCGGCGUCAAAGGUGAACCACAUCAAGAGCCAGCAGGAGGAGAGCGAACUGAAGCUGGAGAAGGAGCGCGAUGCAUGGGCCGCACAGAUGCUGGAGCUGAUUGCCAAAGAGGAUGAGAUUGUCAACUGCAUACGGGACUAUGUGCUCAACCAAAGAAACUAUCACGAGCGGGCGUUGCAGCAUGUGAAUGCCUCGCUGGCCCGCAUCCAGGACACCAUUCAGGCGACGGAGAAGUCACGCUUUGGCACCUCCCUCAAGGAGCAUCUGACAUCGACGCAUCGUGAGAUUUCCUACAUUGUGGAGCUCUGCUGUUGCUGUCUGCUCGAGAAUGGACUGGAGGAGGAGGGUCUGCUGCGUGUGGGCUGUGCCAGCACCAAGCUGCGACGCAUGAAGCACGCUCUGGAGGCGCAGCAUGUGAAGACACCGCUGCCGCUGGACUACCAGGAUCCCCAUGUCAUUGGCUCCAUACUCAAGCUCUAUUUGCGCGAACUGCCCGAGCCGCUGCUCACGUACAACCUGUACAAGGACUUUAUACGGAUCGCAGAGCGUCACACCGAGAACGAGCGGAAGACAGAGAUCAAGGCUAUACUGGGGAAGCUGCCCAAGGAGAACUAUGCCAAUCUGCGCUACCUCACCCGCUUCCUGUCGCUCGUGCAGCAGCGUUCGGUGCACAAUAAGAUGAGCUCCCAGAACCUGGCGAUUGUCAUGUCGCCCAACAUGCUGUGGCCCCGCAUCGACAAGAGCAGCAAUGCCCAGGCCGAUUACAUUGGGCAGGUGAACAGCUCCUCGGCAGCCAACAUAAUUGUGGAGCUGCUGAUCAGCCAGUGGGAUUACUUCUUCACCGGCGACGUGGAGUUCUAUGUGACGCUGCAGCGGCAGAAGCUCUUCGUUGAGGGCAAGAGCAAAUCGAAUUCCUCCAACGAGAACCUGGACAAGCAUGACAAUGAGGUCAUGGAGAGUCCCCGCUAUGGCACGUUACGCCGCCAGAAACCGAAUGCUCCUUCGCCGCCCAGCACAAAUGGCAGCAGCACGAUCAUGACAACAUCACAAACGCCCCAACGGCCGCAUGCCAAGGAGCUGUUUCCGCAACAACAAACACCGCAAACGCAGCAGGAGAAGCCCGCCAAGCCGCCGCUGCCCAAUUUGCCGCAGUUUCAGGUACCACCAGCCGUCGCCGUGAGCCUGCCAACGAACACACAGCUGGAGGCAAUGCCGCCACCACCUGUGACGCCCGCCAAGCCAGUACCCAUGACACGAACCCAGUUCUUUGGCCUGGACAAUUUGCCAUCGCCCACGUCGGAUCGCAAGAGCACGGACAGCAUUGGCAGCUUCAAGCUGAAGCCAGACUUACCACAGAAGCCGCUGCUGCCCAAGCGGCCGGCCGUGCUGGGCGUGGGACCAGCAGCAGCCCGGAACGAUGGCAAGAGCGACGAUGAGGGAGUCACCACGCCCACGCAGGCAACAAUUGAUAAUGGCAAUGGCAGUGUACGCUUUAAAACGGAGCAUUUUCUUGAGAAACUGAAGCAGGAGAAUUGUGAUACAAAUGGAACGAGGGAGGAGGCACCACCAACGGCCAAGGAGAACCAUAACCAUAACCAUAACCAUGAACAGAACUCGACUGCAGUCGAGCCUCAGCAGCAGCAGCAGCAGCAACAGCAGCCGGAAAACAAGCAGCCGCAGGACAAGGCAACGACUCCCGUUUCGCCCAACUCAUUUCAAACGCCGAAAAGGCCAACGGUGCCAGCGCCGCCGCCUCCCACAAAUCGCAAGCCAUCCGAGUAGAUAGGGCAGGCAGGCAGAGAUGUGAUGCUGCAGUGUGGGAGAGUGGGAGUCAGAGUCAUUAGGUGUUACUGUUUACUCGUUAAGACUUGAACGCACAGUAAUAUAUAAUAUACCAUAAUAUACCAUAAUCUAAACUAUACGAUAUAAUUUAUAUACAAUCAAUCCUUGCGGCAACGUAAGCGAAAGAAGACCCUUGUGCAUUAUUAAGGAGAGAUAUCUGAGAAGCUCUUGUGUAUUCUGCAUUUGUAUUUUUGCCUUGUCCAUAAGCAAUCUAAUUUGUACGUGUUUAGCCAUAUAACUAUAUAUAUAUAUAUAUAAUAUCAAGCGAUAUCCAUUUAUAUAUAUAUAUACAUAUACUGUAUGUAUGUAUGUAUAGUGUGUAGAGUGUAGGCCUCCCCAUAACUCAAUUGUCGAAAUUUAAUUUGAAAUGUUAGCCCCCCAAUCGUUGCUUUGGCUCUCGCGAUUGUUAAUCCUUGUUUGAAAGGUUGUGAUACAUCAUCUGAAUGGUUUGUGUUUCCUUAAUUUUUGCAUUUUUAAUUUCAUUUUGUUUCCAUUUUGUUUUCUAUUUUAUUUUUUUUGCUCCAACGAAAGACAAUUUCCAUUGUGAUUUUUUUUUUGGCUUAAAUUUAAAUUAAAUUCAAUGAAAAAUGAAAAAUGUAAUUGCUUCCGAUGUAUUCAUUUAAAAGUUAUUCCAAAAUUACAUUUAAAACAUUACUUAAAAGUUAUGAAAACAUUUCCUGAAAGUUAUGAAAACUUUUGAUCUAUGAAUGUACUAUAUAAUUUGUAUUCCUUUUUGCUUUAUUAAUUUGUAAUGCAAUUAUUAUUAUUUUAAUUUUAUAAUAAAAUUAUGUAUGAUGAAUUGUUGUGUAUAUAAAAUAUACAUUAAAAAGAUAAUGAAUAUGAUUUUUAACUGAAAAUUUUGUACAAUUUUCGUCUCUGUUUUGUUAUGGUUUCCUGUUAUGUUGAAUUCCCCGUGCCCCCCUCCCCCCAUUGGCUUUAAAGUCCGGGUGAAAUUGUAGCUCUAGUGUAGUAGGUAUUUGGAAUGUGAAUUUGUGAAAACUUUUAUGGAUAUGAAAAACUUUUUGAUAAGUCACAUACUUACCUCGGUGAAAUUAAAAACAAAUGAUUGUAAAUUCUUGAGAAAAUUACAUAUAUUUCUACUGCUUUACUGGACAGGUUUCUUUUUACAUGGAGAGACCCCACUAAUUGUGCCAUAUUGUGAAAAUACCUGAAAUACAAGAGUUAUAAACAGCACCUAUCAAAUAAGGCUUGCUCCAUCUAUACCUUUGCUAUAUCCAUCAUAUCUCUCAAGUCUUGCUAUAUUUUCACACGCUGCUGCAAAGGAACAACCAAAUGAAGUGAGAGCUUACUAAAGAGAGAGUGCAAUCAGACAACAGACCAAAAUAUACUCAUAUUCCAUGAUAUUUGUAGAGUUUAGCAAGUUUGUACGAUUUUGUGGAUAGGUUAGUAAGUGGGAAAACAAAAAAAUUAAAUGUUGAAAACUACAAAAUAUAUUCUGCUACCAAUUAAAAAUAAAAACAUCCCAAAACUCCCAUUUGGAGCACACAA